UGUGGCUCGGUGCGAUGGAUCUGACGACGAUUGCAGCGCCUGUUGCCAUGGCUCGCUGCGUGCAGUAGCUCUGGCGCCGAUGUCGGCAGCGGUUCGUGUCCUGCUCCUGCUCCUGCUCCGAUCGGAUUGAUUUUUAUUCCUGCUCGGUCUCUUACUUUUUCCUCCCUUCUGGUUUUUGUGGCGUUCUAUUGAAAGCGGAGGGUUGGGAAGGGAAGGGCUGCUGAGACCCCGGGCACUGGUGCUGGUGGUGGCCCGGAGGCUGUGUAGUGUGAUCGGGCGAGCCGGCAUCGGCGGGGUGGCAGCCGGCAUGGAAGCGCAGGAUGGAGCGGGGCGGCCGGAGCUGCUCCCAGCUCCCGGGAUGGAGGAAUCCGCGCUGGACCCGGUGGAACGGAUCUUACUGGAGUCUGUCUGUCAGCAGCAGGGCUGGAUCCGAGUGCACGACGUGAAAGGUCCUCCAACACACAGACUGUCGUGUGGCCAGUCCCCGUAUGCAGAAACAGCCUGGGAUCAGAAAUAUUGUAUGCUGACUGACAGCCAGAUGAUCCUUCUGAAUAGGGAAGAAGAGGUGAACGUCGACAUGAUACAGGACCAACAGAUGGGGUCCUCAAAAGGACGAAUGCUGCGGCGCACAGUCAGUGUUCCGUCCGAGGGACAAUUCCCAGAUUAUCAGCAGGAGGGGAACGCUAAACUGGAGCCACCUGGAGACCGCUCCCCCCGUCGCAGGAGCAUAUCAGGGCCAGGAUCAUCCGAUAAAGCAAAUGGGAUGGAAGACUCCACAUCCCCUUUCAAGGGAUUUUUCAGUAAAAGGUUAAAAGGCUCUAUCAAACGAACCAAGAGCCAGCCAAAGCUCGACCGCAACACCAGCUUCCGUCAGAUACUACCAUCAUUGAGAAACUCAGAGAGUGAAAGGUCUCGUGCUUUACCAAAAUUGAAAGAAUCACGUUCCCAUGAAUCUCUGCUGAGUCCUGGCAGUGCAAUUGAGACUUUGGAAUUAAGCAUGGAGCAGGAUGUCUUCAUUAAACCUUUGCACGGUAGUAUCCUGGGGCAAGACUUCUGCUUUGAGGUUUCAUACACGGGAGGAAGUAAAUGCUUCAGCUGUUCAUCUGUGGCAGAGAGAGAUAAGUGGAUGGAGAACCUUCGGAGAACAGUGCAACCAAACAAGGACAACUGUCGUCGUGCAGAAAAUGUACUCCGCCUGUGGAUUAUUGAAGCAAAGGACUUGGCCCCUAAAAAGAGAUACUUCUGUGAAUUGUGUCUGGAUGACACACUUUAUGCACGAACUACCAGUAAAAUGAAAGCAGAUAACCUGUUUUGGGGUGAGCACUUUGAAUUUUACACUUUGCCAAUGGUCAGAAACAUCACUGUGCAUAUUUACAAGGAUAUGGACAAGAAGAAAAAGAAAGAUAAGAAUAAUUAUGUGGGACUGAUCAAUAUUCCGAUCACCAGUGUCACUGGACGACAGUUCAUAGAGAAAUGGUACCCUGUCAGCACACCAAAUUCCAACAAGGGCAAAGGAGGAAGUCCUUGUAUUCGCAUUAAAUGCCGCUAUCAGACAAUUGCCAUUCUUCCCAUGGAACAGUAUAAGGAGUUUGCAGAGUUUGUCACCAAUAACUACACCAUGUUGUGCUCUGUUUUGGAGCCUGUUAUCAGUGUGAAGAACAAAGAAGAGAUGGCCUGUGCUCUUGUUCACAUCUUGCAAAGUACUGGCCGUGCAAAGGAUUUCCUUACGGACUUGGUGAUGUCUGAGGUGGAUCGAUGUGGGGAACAUGAUGUUCUCCUCUUCAGGGAAAAUACCUUAGCAACAAAAGCCAUAGAGGAGUAUUUGAAGCUUGUUGGCCAGAAGUAUCUCCAUGAUGCCUUAGGUGAGUUCAUUAAGGCACUUUAUGAAUCAGAUGAAAAUUGCGAGGUGGACCAGAGUAAGUGUUCAUCCAGUGAACUGCCAGAACAUCAGAGUAAUCUCAAGAUGUGCUGUGAAUUGGCCUUCUGCAAGAUUAUCAACUCCUACUGUGUGUUUCCGCGGGAACUUAAAGAAGUCUUUGCCUCGUGGAAGCAGCAAUGUUUAAUCCGUGGGAAGCACGAAACCAGUGAGCGGCUGAUCAGUGCCUCACUCUUCCUGCGAUUCCUCUGCCCUGCAAUUAUGUCUCCCAGCCUCUUUGGCCUGAUGCAGGAGUAUCCAGAUGAUCGCACGUCUCGCACCCUCACCCUCAUCGCCAAAGUCAUCCAGAAUCUUGCCAAUUUUACCAAGUUUGGGAACAAAGAAGAAUACAUGGCAUUUAUGAAUGAUUUUCUGGAACAUGAGUGGAGUGGGAUGAAACGUUUUCUGGUGGAAAUCUCAAACCCAGACACGAUAUCCAACACGCCAGGAUUUGAAGGAUAUAUUGAUCUGGGUCGUGAGCUCUCUGUCCUGCACUCUCUGCUCUGGGAAGUGGUGUCACAACUUGACAAGGGUGAAAAUUCAUUUCUACAGGCAACAGUAGCGAAGCUUGGCCCACUCCCACGCAUACUCGGCGAUAUUACCAAAUCACUAACUAGCCCCACACCAAUCCAGCAGCAGGUCCGUCGAUUUGGAGAGCACGUCAGUUCUUCCCCAAAUGUGAGUGGCAGUGUGUCGUCUGGACUGCAGCGGAUAUUCGAGGAUCCCAGUGACAGCGACGUUCAGAAAUUGCAGUCUCCAACUCAAGAGAACAUUGAAGCAUUUUUCCAUAGCAAGCCGCACUUUCCAGCUCAGCCAGCCUCCACACACAGCAUGACUUACUCUGACAAGGAUGAAGAAGAGUCCACCCUGCAUAACGGCAGGAGUGUAUCACUUGUAGAUCUGCAGAGCACUGCCGUGACUCAAGGGGCGAGUAGCGUUCCAGUUAUCCCCAGUGUUCCUGCACGCCACCCUGGCAGCCAGACCUCAAUUACACACACAGCAAACACCAAGCAGCCACGGGAGGUGCAGAGCGGGGCGCAGAGUGUCCCUCAGAUCCGCAGGCCUCUUCAUCCAGCUCUGAGCCAACAGAGCAGCCUUCAACCUCUGUCCUUCCAAAACCCCGUUUACCAACUGAAUAACCCCCCAGCAGGAGGCAGUAAAGCUGGCAUGGACUCUAGUUCUGAGAACCUGAGUUCCACCAGCUCCCGGAGCCACACUAACAGUGAAGAGCUGAUCAGCAAGCUGAGUGGCCCCAGUAACAGUAGCAUUGAGGAUUUUGCCAAACGCAGUAUCUAUAGCGAAGACUACUCCAAACGACACACCAUGCCGGACAGGAGCAAUCUCCCAGUGGCGUUGCCCCGGCAGAAUUGCAUGGGACAUUCACAGCUCCGCAGGACAGAGCUGUCCGGGUCCAGCGGUCGAGUGAAAGCAUCACAUUCGUUACCACUUAGUGCAUCGCAGAAAAGCACAGGCAGCAUGACCGGAUUACCAUCGACAUCACCUGAGCCACCGCACAGCGAAAACCGGUCACGGCAGCCAUCAACAUCAUCAAAAGGGGAAAGCCCUGUGCCCAAAGUGCGGGCAGUACAUAAACAGCAGCAAACACACCAGGUUCAGUCACCGGUAGAGACUGCCACCAUGUCCCCAGUAGAGAGAACAGCUGCCUGGGUGCUGAACAAUGGACAGUACUUAGAGGACGACGAGACUGACCAGAUCCGUGAGGAGGGUAAACACGCAGAGAAGUAUGAGCAGGAGAUCACAAAGCUCAAGGAUCGGCUAAAGGUCUCAAGCAGGCGGCUGGAGGAAUACGAGCGGCGUCUGCUUGCCCAGGAGCAGCAAAUGCAGAAGCUGCUGCUUGAGUACAAGUCCAGGUUGGAAGACAGUGAGGAGAAGUUGCGGCGGCAGCAGGAGGAGAAGGACAGUCAAAUGAAAACGAUCAUCAGCAGACUGAUGGCAGUGGAAGAAGAAUUGAGAAAAGACCACUCAGAAAUGCAGGCAGUAAUUGAUACCAAACAGAAGAUUAUUGAAGCCCAAGUCAAUUGUGAGGAUGGGAUGAGCAUAACAGGAGAAACGAAUCAUCACCCUGGAUUCUGCCAACUCUCGGCUGAUGAACGCUCUAACACAGGUCAAGGAACGUUACAGCAUGCAAACUCGCAAUGGGAUCUCCCCCACCAACCCCACCAAGCUGUCAAUAACAGAGAACGGCGAGUUCAAGAACAGCAGCUGCUGAGGGAGAAUCUGGAUGUUUCUGGCCAGACUCACAUGGACUUAGCUUUCUGAAUUCACUCUUGAUUUAUUCACAGGUGCUGCUAAGACUGUUUUUUUAAUGCUUUGGAUUGCAAGAGAUUAAUGGGACAAUGCCUAAUACACUAUGUGCACUCUGCAGAAGUCUUACUCCACUGUGGAAACUGUAUGAAACUUGUACAGAAAUGAACUGUAAGAUUGUAUUGGGGUAAAUAAUUGUAGAAUUUAAAGCGACUUUUUUAAUUAUUUCUGCCAGAAUUCCUGCUCUGGAAGAUGUUCCAAAGAAAAAGAGUAGAGAAUGGAACAAUUAUUUUACAAGAGUGGAAUUUUCAAUGUUGUGUAUUUUCAAGUUUAAAUUCCUUGGCUAGAGGGUGUAUAUAUCUAACUAAGAAGCACAUAGAAUGAAGAUAGUCUGUAAACAAUAUAAGGGUAUCCGAAGAGUCUGCUUCUUUAAUUAAUACACUACGUUGGUUACUUUCAGGGUAAAAUGUCCCAUGUCAAACUGAGAUAUUUUACAUGAGGGUGAAAGAUCUGUCAUGAACAAAAAUAAGUUGUAGAUCAUAUCAUCUUAGAACAAAUUCUGUUUUAAAAAUCAAACUUUUAUCACAUUGAAGUAUUCAUGAAGACUACAUUGGAGGAAAUGUUUAAAAAAUACAUGUUUUAGAAAACUAAUUUAAAAAAGCUGCCGUGUGUGUGCACGUACGUGUAUACGGGCGUGUAUGCACUUGUGUAUGUGUGACGUGUGUCUGUGAGAGAGCAAAAGAGAGGGGGAGAUGAUCACAAUGACCAUUGUCUAUGGUUGUACAGAGAACAAAUUUGGAAAAGCAAGUGAAUGUUGGUGAACUGAUGAUGUUGCCAUACUGGACAAAGGGAACGAUAGUAAUGCAGGGCAUGAGUUGCUAGCAUGCUUUGCUUUCUUAAAUCCAUUCAUUUUCCAAAUGAAUCUCCUUAGUUUUUUUAACUCAACUUUACUAGAAUAAUGUUUCGCCAAAUUUCGUACCUAACUAACCAAUUUGAAUGUCUCAUGGAGCUGUUCUGUAGGAAUGUUCAAGCUACAUAGUUGCCCCUCUCCUCCAACCAACUGCUGGUGGGUUUCAGACAGUUGCUGCUGCUGUUUUUGUUGAUUGAAGAUAUGAAGAGUGUGAGUUGAAUCCCAAACUAUUGACUCACUUUUGAAGAGAACUGUUGCAAUGAGACAAAGAAAAUAAAAUAUUGUUCAAAAAUGUUUUAUUUUUAUUUUUAAUAUCUGUACCUUUGCUGUAUGCAUUGUUGCAUGCUGAUUUGAAAGAAAAAAAGACUCAGCAGGCAUACAUUUAUCUAGAAAAGGGGACAAAAGAGAGCUGCAUAAGAUCAAAAACACAGACUAAAUUACAUUUAACCCAGUAUGUGAUAAUAAAACACUGCAGAUGCUGGUUUAUACCAAAGAUAGAGACAAAAUGCUGGAGUAAUUCAGCGGGUCGGGCAGCAUCUCUGUAGAAAAUAGUUAGGUGACAUUUUGGGUCAGGACUCUUCCCACGUAAGCUCGCCCAUUCAUUUUCAACAGAGAUGCUGCCUGGUUGCUGAGUUACUCCAGCGUUUUGUGUCUACCUCUAAUCCAACUGUGAUUCUGUCAGCAGUUUCCUCCAAGCAAAGCAUUCACACACUUUGAUUUGUGAAUAGAAUCACAGCCAGACAAUGCAAGUAUCUCCUGCAACUGUCUGUAGGUAAAGUUUAUGCUGAAAUGUUGCACUUGACUGCUUGGACAUUUGAAGAGUCUAAUAACAAUAAUGAGCAAAAAACAAAGGGCUGGAGAAAUUCAGCGAGUUAGCCAGCACCUAUGGAGGAAAUGGACAGAAGAAGUUUCAGGUCGGGACCCUUAAGGAUUAGGUGAAGAAAAAUGGAAAAGAAAGAGGUGGGACUGAAAUAAAGCCUGGCAAAUGAUAGGCAGAUGGGUGGAGUAAGUGACAAAGGCUGGAGGUAAAAAAGAGACAAAAAGGUGUCGGAUAAGGAGAAGAGUGAAAUGUAAAGUCAGAGAGGGAAAAAGGUGGAAGGGGAAGGAGGAAAGAUGGGGAUAAAAAGGGAAUUGGGGAUGGGAGAAGAGUGGAGGAAGGAAGGGGAAGAAGCAGGGUGACUUGGGGGGGAGAUGAGGGAGAGUGGGAAGAGGGCGUGCAUACCCGGGAGGAGGGGAGGCAAAGGAAAGAGACGGGGUAUUUCUUGAAAUUGAAGAAGUCAUUGUUUAUAAUGUUGGAUUGUGAAAAAACACCCAAGUGGAAUAUGAGGUGUUGUUCCUUCAGUAUGGAGGUGGCCUCACUUGGCAGUGGAGGAGGGUAAAGAUAGAAAUGUCAGUAUGGAAAUGUGAAGGCAAGUUGACUUCUAUACUAACAGUUCAUACUAUAAGAUUUACUUUGCCCCCAUUUUCAUUGUUUUGUAAAGUAAUUGAGAGUGAAGGAAGGAAAUCUGUUCUUGGAUGUUCUGGAAUGUAGGUUUAGGUGUAACUAGGGAUGAGCAAUAAAUGCUGGCCUGGUGGGUAGGUCCACGUCCCAUGAAUGAAUUAAAAAAAUAGAUGCGCAUUCAGUGGUGUUAAAGCGAUGUCCCGAAUAAACACCUAAUUGAAGAGACAGCACGGGAAUUACCUGGCUUCAACUGGUGAAAAGGUUAACUGUAUACGCAGGUAAUCUCUUGUCAAAUGUGUAAUGAAAGAUGAAUGUGAUGUGAAUCUGUAGAAACAAGGAACUGCAGGUGCUGUUUGCAAAAAAAGAUACAAACUCAGCGGGUCUGAAAAAGGAAUAUAUCCAUAUUCUUUAGAGAUGCUGCCUGGCCUGAUGAGGUACUCCAACACUUUGUGUCCUUUUGUGAUGUGAAUCUAUUCAUUUUGAGCUACUGUCCCCACUGGGUUAAACAGAAGUAACCAACAUUAACCAUCUCAUAACUGCUCACAUCAUUGAAAUGAUUGUCACUCUCAAUAUUUAAUUAGAACAUGUUGUCAUACGAAAAAAUUGAGACGCAGGAUUAUUCUGUUGAACAUCUGAAGUAAUAUUUAACUAACCUAUCCUCUUGAAGAAUCUGAGAAUUCUUGUUGUUUUUUGUUUGAGGAGGAAUUCUUUGUGUUUGGCAGGAGCUGAUUGAAGCUGGAGCUGACUGAGCUAUCCUUCUGAAAAUACACCUGAAGUGUUUAUUUUCUAAUACUUACACGCAAGAUUCAAGGACAUUCUCAAAAGAUUAUGUAUAAAUGGAAAUUGCAUUGUACUGCAAUACACCUCUUAUAUUAUUCAAGAAAAGUAUGAUUGCCUAUAUGGUCAGAGUUGAACAAACUGAAAUAAAGCCUUUAAAGCUGGUAAUGCAAUAU